AAGUACCACAGGUGCAGGGGAUGCAGCUGCUAUGUGGCCCCGGCUAACUCCAUGGCCCGCAGCUCCCCUGCACCCAGUCACACAGAGAACAACUGAACAAGAGACAGGCUGAGGCUGCUCAGUCCACGGCAGUACUAGCAGAGAAGGGGAGAGCCGUAGGGAGGGGGCGUGGCCAUAUGCAAAGCAUUGCCUAUUCACUGGCCAGAUACUGUACCUGAUGCUCCUCUGUAAUAGCCGCCGAAGCCCCGCCCACCCGCGGCUCCUGGUGCCCCGCCCCCAUUUUGGCUGAAGUCCUCCCAUUCACUCUCCAGUAACUGUUGGGAACCCUGGGCACUGAAAUUAUGAGAAAAGGGCAGCUGCAGGGGCUGAGUGGCCUACAGGAGUACCAGAAAUACCAGGAAGAAAAAUGCAUGGACACAGGGCAGCUGUCACCAUCUGUGAGGUGAACUCUGCAUGCAUCCUACAGACUCCUGUGGUUGUGAAGGAUGAAACCUCCUGUGAUUUGUUGUCAGCUAAUGAACAUUUAAUUGGAAGCGAGCUUAUGAGAUGGAUAAUUAGUGAGAUCAGUGCCGUAUGGAGAAUAUAUAAUGGAAAUGUGACAGAUAAGAAAGACACAUCGGCAGAUCUGCCAGUGCUGGCAUGGAAGCCAUGGGAGCACGUCUAUGCCCUUUGUAAAGCCGUGAAGGGGCACAUGCCUCUGUAUAACAGCUAUGGGAAAUAUAUUGUGAAACUAUAUUGGAUGGGGUGCUGGAGGAAAAUCGUUGUGGAUGAUACUCUACCAUUUAGCAAAGAUGACAAGUUGCUACUUCCAGCAACAACAUGUGAAGCUGAAUUGUGGCCGAUGUUAUUGUCCAAGGCUAUCAUAAAGCUUGCAAGUGUAGAUACUAAUGGAUUUGCAAAACGGGAACUAGGAGAGUUUACUGUCCUACAUGCACUAACCGGAUGGCUACCAGAGGUGAUACCACUUCAACAUGACUAUCUCAGUGAAGUCUGGGAUUUCCUAAAAAGAAUAGUUCCUGAAUUCAGGUUACCUUGUGAUGCAGAAUCCAAACCUGAAACAGAGGAAAAAACGAAAGACAACAAACAAGCAGAACUCAAACCUGAGCUCACUGUACCUGUUAUUAUUAGACCUCCAGAAAAGGGCAGCAAAGAGAAAUCAGACUCAAAGGACACUCGGAAAAAUAAAGGAGACAAGGAAAGAAAUAGGUCAGCAAUUCAUUCUGCACGACCUCCCUCAGAGUCAUCAAACCCUCUUCAGCAGCAUGAAUCCACUUCUGUACCAAUAGUGCCCCAGAUGGUUGUGUACGCCAGCUACUUACCACUUCAUUUGAGCGAACAGAAGACUUCCAUACUUGGCCAGAUGGCUGAUUCAUCAGAAAAGCUGAGACAAUAUGGACUAUCUCACAUUUACAACCAUCCAGUUCUUGUGUCUAGGACUAGAUCAUGUCCCUUAAUUGCUCCGCCGAAACCUCCUGUUGUGCCACGAUGGAAACUUAUAAGGCAGAAAAAAGAAGUUAAUCUCAAGGAUGAAGCCGAAGAAAUUGUAGAGAAAAAAGCUGAUCAGUUUGUUGAAAUUACUACACCACUUCUUAAGUUUCGUCUGAAUCCGCUCUCUGUACCAUCAGAAGGGAGAGGCUCUUCCCUGGCACAGUUUAGCCUUACAUCUGUCAAUGAAACUGAAGAGACUUCUCAGGAAAAGAAUGUGGAUGUUAAUGAAAAUCUUGGACAUAGUUCUGAGAAUAUAACUCAGGUAAACUCUACCAGUCAGGAUGGUCUGCGCAGGGCAGAUAACAUAACAGAUGGCUUCAAUGAUACUGUUGCUGGAGAAGGACACACAACUCAGGCAACAAACAUUAUACAAAAAGAAGAAGGAACAGUACAAAUAAAUCGAGUCCCGAAACAAACAUGGAUGGAUUUUUCAGACUUUUGCAAGUGUUUUCAGACAUUGUAUGUUUUCCACAAGCCAAAUACAUAUCCUUAUACACAGCAGAAAGCACACUUCAAGACAACAGAUGAUCCAGAUCAAAAAUCCUAUUUCUUAUAUUUGGACAACACUAAGCCCUCAGAGCUUUUAGUUAGUUUCUCAGCACUGGUACACUGGGGCGAUUCACCAGUCACCCCGGAUUCUGGAACACAGAAGGGCCUGUUGACUGUAGAGCAGUAUUCUUGGAAAAGUCUCCUCUGUGGACCAGUUGUGUUAAAACUGCAUACUUAUGUGACUAAAGCUGCUAUGUUAAGCCUUCCUGCUGGGCGUCAUGUCUUAUGCAUCACUGCAAGAUCGCCCCUGGGGCACCAUAUCCACCUGUGUAGUACAGUGCCAUUUGUCUUUGGUGAUGAGGAAACUGUUAUGCCAUAUCUUGACAAGGAAAGCUAUAGAUUUAUGGACCAGGCUACAAAUAUAAUAAGAGCUAUAUUGAAAGUGAUGCAUAAUUUUAGUAAUGGAAAAGAAAUAGCCAAGACAUUUAAAGAUCUGGAACAAGCACACUAUCCUCAGCAAAUGCGAACAAAACACCUAGCCGAAGAACACUUCAAGACCUUUAACAUUGCUUUGUGGCAUCUGAUGACUGAAGCUAUGGGGAACAAAGUUACACAUGACUUAGUAUUUGCUUUCAGAGCCAUCACAUUGGAUUUUUCUGCUGUUUUGUCUGAAGGAUCUCUUUUAUCACAAGAUUCAUAUCCCGAAGUGUCAUCUACAUGGCAAAACAGAACUGCUACUAGCUUUGAAGAAGCUGCAGCAACUAAACUUCAAGCAUGCUGGAAAAAAGUUUUCUACGGGAAAAUUUGGAGUGCUAGAUUACCAGGGACCAAAGAAAACACCAAUGUUAAGGGAACCUUGGAUAAAGUAUGUGCUAAUGUUGAACCAAAUGCAGAACAGUAUGGUAUUAACUUGUUAAGGUACAUGAUUAAGCGCAGUCCUGCUUCACACGAAUAUCCUUUCUAUGAAGAUGAACGCCACAGGAUUACAUUUGCUGAUUAUACUGUUACCUAUGUUGAUCAACCUGCAAAUUCUUGGUUUGUGGUUUUCAGGGAAAUAUUCCAUGUACCUGAAGACAUGUUUAUUGUACCCAAGAUGUAUACAAACCUUCCAGUCUGUACACUACAUGUCAUUAAUAAUGAUACACUGGAGAAAAUACCCUGGGUGUUCAACAAAGUAACACCCCAUAUUUACACAAAAAACAAGAAGGGAUAUACAUUUAUGGCUGAAGCGCAUAUUGGUGAAUUUGCUGCGGCAUCUGGAAAAUGGAGACUACGACUCAUUGGGACCCGCAACCCUCUGCCGUAUCUCUCUCGUGACACUGUAAACAAUGCAUUCUCUCUGCGGGAAGUUAGAGACUUUUACAUACCCAACGACAAAAACCUGAUAUUUAGGUACACAGUAAAAUCAGCAAUAGAACACAUAGCAACUAUUCAAGUACAAACCUCUAAGUUAGACGUAUUCAUCAAGAUACAGAUAUUGGAUGACAAUGAAGAAGUUGUGAGUGCUACUGGCAAAGGUCAAGCAGUGAUUCCUGCUUUUUUCUUUCUGCCCACCGAAAGGCCUAUUAGUGCUCACUCAAGUAAAAGUCAGAUAUUGUUAAAUGGAACAAAGAAAGGAAGAAAUGGUUCUGGCAACAGUCACAAAAAUAAUAAGAGCUCUUCGAGACCUGAGAGUAAUACUGAAAUCCAACAGUCUGGAGAGAACGAAAACACGGAAGAGAAAACACCAACUCCACAACCGGUACAUAAGUAUAUUAUACAAGCUACUGUGUUAUAUCAUAGCUGGGUUCUUUCGGAGAGCCAGGCAACCUUUGUUCAAGGUCUAAAGGAAAUGGAAAAACAACAAAUAAGAGUAUAUGUAGAUCAGCCUGAGGAAACGUCAGAGACAAAUAACAGUGUGGAGAACCAGAAAUCUACAAACACUCCAAAGCCUGCCAGAAAAGGUAAAGAGAGAACAGCUGAGAGAUCAGAAAAAGAAAGGUCUGGUAAGGAGAAAGACAGAGAGAGACUUCAGUCAACCCCGACCUCAAGACCUGAAUCUCCGGCGCAGCAACACGCUGAUAACAACAAACCAUUCUGGACUCUGCGACUGGUCAGUGAAACAAGUGAGGUGGACACGCUAGAAGUGAAGAAAGAUACUGAGCGUAUAGAUGAGAUAAGAGCCAUGAAACAAGCCUGGGAGAUGGCAGAACCAGGUCGAGCUGUCAAGGCUUUGCAGUCACGCUUGCAGUUUGUGAACAAGUACAUGCAGAAAGCCACUGCUGGGCCUGUAACAGAUGUAUCUUACGGCAGACAGGCUCCUGCUGGAGAGGAAGUUGAACUACCUUUCAAAAUCCAGGAAUCUCAUUCAAGUGAUCUAAAUGUGACCGCUCCAAAGGUGCAGUUAGAACCUCUAGACUUGACACCUUUUAUGAGAAAAACAAAACCAGAACCGGUAUUAAGAGAUGAGUAUGUCAUUCAGCAGCAGGCGUUGCAGAAAGCAGAGGAAAUCAGACAAUUCCGGCAGAUAAGGGAAGAAGUAAAAGAUCAAAGAGAGCAGGAACAAAAUGCAAGGAAUCUGCUGAAGCAGAAAGUACUGCAAAUGUAUGAAGAUUUACAGAUAUCACUUGAUAGUGCCCGAGAGCGGAUUAUCAGUGCUCGGGAGGUUUACCGAAAUAAAUUGUUAGAAACUGAAAAAAAUAAAGAGGAUGGUGCAGCAGUUAAAGAAGCUGCUGGUCAUGGAGAAGAGGACAAAAAGAUUACAUCAGCCCAGAAGAGGAAAAGUGCAAAAAGUUCAGCAAAAAAAAAAUAGUUUUGUCCAUGUCCCACUAUAUCAAUUUCUCUUAGAGAUUGAAAAUAUACAGUGCAGCUGGAAAGUAU